AUGUCCUUUCGAACUAGAUUCCAUCGGCGGAAACUACAUAUAUUCGCACUUCUAUGGUUUCUUCUGUCUCUGACGUUAUUAGUAAUAUUUUUCUUUUUAUUAUCGCCGUUGGUUCGUGAGGGUGCGGUUUCACAAGAACCCAACACCGCUGCUGUGAUCGCUGGUGCUGGGACAGUGCCGCCCCCUGGACUGAUGCAGGUAGAGUGGGGUGCAUCACCGGAGGUUGUGCAGGCGCUCUCUAUUAUAAAUGAACGCCUGGAGGACUUCCCCAAGCAGGUAGAGGCACGGCUAAAGAUGGUGCCAAUCGUCAAUGAGAUAAACCGAUCCUGCCAUUUCGUGUACCCUCUUAGUACAAAUAUUACAAGGUAUGAGUAUGGAUCAGGAGUUUCUCCCAAUCGUAGUUUGGAGACACCACAAGGGUUACUUAACGUUAUUAAGCAACGCUCCAGUGACGAUGUAUUUCUCUUUUCCGGUGCCUUACCUGCUAUGAUAAAGCAAACACCAGUGGUUCUU